CUAAUAACUAAAAAAGGACAUAAUCAUGUGAUAUGCGCGUUUAGACCAUCUUGGUCCGUUCUCAUGUCACGUUGUUGUGUCGUGCGAAGGCUAAUUUGUAAAUAAUAUAAUGUCCCAGUCAAGAUGGGGCAGACUGUGUGCAUCUGCUCCCGUGGUUCCAUCACCAUUGAUAACAAAAAGUACUACUUCUUGCAGAAACUAGACGAGGGUGGUUUCAGCUACGUGGAUCUCGUCGAGGGGGUAAAGGAUGGUCGCUUCUAUGCCCUGAAGAAGAUUCUGUGUCAUGACCGCGAAGGUCGCCAGGAGGCCCAGACAGAAGUGGAAAUGCAUCAGAUGUUCAAUCACCCUAAUAUACUGAGCCUUGUAGCGCACACCUUUGUUGAGCGUAAUGGAAAGAGUGAAGCAUGGCUACUCUUACCUUACAUCAGAAAGGGCAGUCUGUGGUCGGUUCUUGAAAGGCUUCGAGAAAAAGGCAGCUACAUGCCUGAAAAACACAUUUUAAAAAUCUUUCGUGGGAUUUGUUUGGGACUCAAAGCUAUUCAUGACAAAGGUUAUGCUCACCGGGAUCUCAAACCUACAAAUGUGCUCCUUAAUGAGGACGACAGCCCCGUCCUGAUGGACCUUGGGUCUAUGAACAGAGCCCGCAUUGAGGUGCGGGGAUCCAGAGAAGCAAUGACUCUACAGGACUGGGCUGCCCAGAGAUGCACCAUCUCUUAUCGUGCCCCUGAGCUCUUCAAUGUGGAGAGCUACUGCGUUAUUGAUGAGCGCACAGAUAUCUGGUCACUGGGCUGUGUUUUAUACUGCAUGAUGGUACUGGAGGGACCCUAUGACCUCGUGUUUCAAAGAGGCGACAGUGUCGCCUUGGCGGUCCAGAACCCUGUGGUCAUCCCGCAGCCUUGCAGUUACUCAGAGGGGCUGCAGUUGCUGCUAAGCUCCAUAAUGGUGUCCAACAUCCAGGAGAGGCCCAACAUCAGCUGGGUUCUUGAGCAGGUACAAGACCUGCAAAGUUGCAACCCAAACACCCAAACCAAUAUGGUGUGAAAGGACUUUUGCACACACAGACAACCACGUCUUAUUUUAAACUCUGAAAUGGAAAUCCUUUAUUUGACUAGUGUGAAGGCAAAAACACAGAUAAGAAUUUGCUGCUUCACUCCCACUCAUAAAGCGGAGGUAAGUUUAUGUUAAGUUAUAAUAACACAGAUGGCCCUUGCUUUUAUUUUUCGUCGUCUUUUUGCGUUUUCGAAACUGUUAUUACGUGCCUUAUGUGCUCUAUGUAAAGUGAGAAGUUUUCCACAACGACUGUAUGCAGGCACUCAAUAGCUCAACAAUAAUCAACACGAUACCUGGCAUAGCAAAAUGAGUUGGAAGUCGCACAGAGCGAUAUUGGUUUAAAAUGUUUCAAUAAUUGACAUUUCAUCAUUAAACGUUGCAGAAACACUUCUUUCAUCGAACCAAAGUUCCAUUAACAUAAAAUACAAAUUGCUAUGUGUUCAAAAAUCACAUUUUGUUAAAGGUACUCCAUCAAGACGUCAAAAAUUAUCUCAAAAUACAGCAUAACAAACGCUUAUUUACAAAACAUUUUUGUUAUUUGUCACAUGGCCAAUUCACAGGUAUCAGUGUAAAGAUAAUGCUAAUAUCUUACACAUUUUAAUAAUUCUUUAUCAUUAUGCGCUAAAAGUAGCCAGUAAAACCAUUAUGGUUGCUUAUGGAGAUCACAGCUUCUUAAUGGUCUAGUCUUCAUGCGCUCUGCAUUGUGGGAUACAGAGUCUAUGCUCGAAAUACACAAUGCGUGACAGUUUUUUUUUUUUACAAAGAAGUUGCUUACAGUCUAAAUCAGCAUUCUUAUCGCAACUUGCACGGUGCUGCAAAUUCAUGGCAGUAGUAGUAACUGCCUUCCGCAUACAGUACUCGUGUAGGGAUAAAUUACAUAAAGUCGGUGACUGGAAGGAAUUGGAGAAUGACUUCAAAAUUAUCGCAAGGGCGUAGGUUUUGUCUCAACAUUGGUAGGGAUUAUAUAACAGCAUAACCUGUAAAGAAAUAUUUAGAAGACUUCCAGAAUAAAUGUCUGGAUGUUAUUAGCAAAUUUAAAUUGUAAUAUUUGAACAUAAAUUAACAUACACAAUAAAUACAAACUUGUUAUCUCUUAACUAUCCAGGAUUGCAAAAAAUAAACUUUGACUUAAGACUCAACAUUGUCUUUCUAAAUAAAGAAAUUAAAUUAGGGCUGUCAAAAUUAUCGCGUUAACGGGCGUUAAUUAUUUUUUAAAAUUAAUCACGUUAAAAUAUUUGACGCAAUUAAUGCACUAGGCCCGCUCAGACAGAUUUAAAUGUCAGUACAGUGAAAGGCCAACUUGUUAAUUGUGUUUUAUGGAGUUUUUCCGCCCUCUGCUGGCGCUUGGGUGUGACUUGCAUAUGUUAUGUGGCUUAAUGUCGCCCUCUGCUGGCGAUUCAGUGCAGCUGAUUAUUUGGGUUUCGGCGCGCUUUUCUGACAUAAUUAUAUGUCGACGCGAACUCACACUAAUAGACAGUGCUAUUCAGACCAGCUAACGUCCGCAUCCAGUAUUCAGUCGCAGUUCUCAUAGCCCCAUCACUCUGUUUGUGUCUAAUACAUGCAUCGCUUGUGAGUUAUAUUCCUCCUUUGUUUAUAUUCAUGAGCAUUAGAUAGUUAUUGAUGAUGUGUAUUUGAAUUUGUUCACAUAUAUGGUGAAAUGCAGUUACAUUGUUAGAUGCUUGUGAGCUAAUUGGCUAGUACUACUGCUCAAAUGGACACGUGUGUGUACAUUUUAUGUUAUUUUGUGAUUUAUGCAAGUUAUUGACACAUUGCCUUGUUAUUUUCAGUUUUACAAAAAUACAAGAAACGUGCUCCUGUCAAAAAGAGAUGACUUCAGUAAAGCCCAUGCAACUUUGCCACAUCGUCUGAUUUCUUUUUGAAACUUAUGUUCGCUAUCUGUCAAUUUGUGUACUCACACACAUUGAGGACAGAAUAGGGCUACUAGUUUAUUUUUUGAUUGAAAAUUUUACAAAUUUUAUUAAAACGAAAACAUUAAGAGGCGUUUUAAUAUAAAAUUUCUAUAACUUGUACUAAUAUUCAUCUUUUAAGAACUACAAGUCUUUCUAUCCAUGGAUCACUUUAACAGAAUGUUAAUAAUGUUAAUGCCAUCUUGUUGAUUUAUUGUUAUAAUAAACAAAUACAGUCCCUAUGUACCGUAUGUUGAAUGUAUAUAUCCAUCUUGUCUUAUCUUUCCAUUCCAACAAUAAUUUACAGAAAAAUAUGGCAUAUUUUAUAGAUGGUUUGAAUUGCGAUUAAUUGCGAUUAAUUACGAUUAAUUAAUUUUUAAGCUGUAAUUAACUCGAUUAAAAAUUUUAAUCGUUUGACAGCCCUAAAUUAAAUAUAACUGAAAAAAACUCUUGGUCAGGGAAUAACAAAAAGAAAUAAAAAUUGACCCUUCCUUCAGGUAAAGUACUACUGCUUUUGUCCAAAAGCACAGCCAAAUUCAGCAAAAAAAUGAAAGCUCCUUUGGGCUGCUUUAAAAUCACAUAAAUAAAAUAAAAAUGAACAUUGGGGAGAAGGGGGUAAACCUCGGUUCACUACAUAUCUCACAGUUUAAUUAAGGUUAACAAUAGAAAAUACAUACAGGAGGACACUUCUCUCUAAGCAGCUUCAUUCUCGAUUUUUGCAGGUUCUCAAAUUCACAACGUUUAAUGUUAUGCUAACUUUGAUGCAGGUCCGACUUUCAGUAGCAAAAUUAGUGGUGUGUUCCCCCCACCUCCACAACAUUUAUGUCUUUUUACAUUACCAUAUUGGCCCGAAUAUAAGACGGUGUUUUUUGCAUUGAAAUAACACUGAAAAAGAGGGGGUCAUCUUAUAUUUGCGGUCUAGACAUUAUACCCAUUCAUGACGCUAGAUGGCGCCAGAUAUCAUUGAAGCGGUAUUCUGUCAUGACAGAUCUCAGCUACUCUCCCCAUUCACGACACUAGAUGGCGCCAGAUAUUAGUGGUGCAACGGAUCAUGAUUGGUCCGAGAUCCGUUCGGAUCGACGUCAUCGGUUCGGCACACAUGUGAUCCGCGGAUUAAUUUCUGAGAAAAAAAAAUUGUGCUCCGGGCGCACAAACUUGUGUAGAGCGGAGAAAGAGGGGAGCAGAGUGCACAAUGCAGACAUGGCAAGUGGAAGAAAGGAAGAGCUUGAACGCCCCUGCUACACUUAAAUCCCCUGUAUGGGCGCAUUUUGGUUUCCCUGUCAAGUAUGAUGACAAAGGAAAAAGGUCAGUGGACAAAACCGCGACAGUGUGUACGCAUUGUGGCAUAAGAAGUCAUAUGACAGCGGAAACACAUCCAGUAUGUUGACGUAUUAGAAGCGACAUCACCCUGGUGUUUUACUGACCGAAGAAAACCUGGCAAACAACCGCUCAGCACCGACCAUUUAAGCAGCCUCUUCCUGCACAAUCCGACCGGUCUAAAGCCGUCACUAAAGCUAUCGGUGUGUUUAUAACUGCAGACAUGAGACCAUAUUCAGUUGUGCAAAACGAGGGCUUUAAAUACAUGUUGAAAGUGCUUGAGCCACACUACGACAUCCCAUCGCGCACACACUUUAGUGAAAAGAUUGUGCCAAAUCUCUACGAAGGAGGAGAAAAAAACGUUGUGAAUGAACUAUCCCGGGCGUCAACUGUUGCGCUCACGACGGACAGGUGGACGUCCAGUGGAAGGGAGAGUUUAUGUGACGAUGACCGCUCACUUUAUCACACCAGAGUGGGAGAUGAAAAGUCCAGUGCUGCAGACACGCCCCCUCUAUGAGAGUCACACAGGCACUCAUCUUGCGCAGGUACUGACACAAGCAGUGGAAGAAUGGAAGAUACCUGAGGCCCAGUACUAAUAUCCCAGUAACAACUGAUAAUGCAAAAAAACAAAAAAAAAUCAAAUAAAUGCAGUGAAGGAGGCAGUACUGGGUCCACAAAUAGGGUGCUUUGCACAUGUAGUGAAUUUGGCAUCACAAAAGGGAGUCUCAGUCAAUAAAAUGGACCAUCUCCUUCUAUUUUACUAGUGGUCAUUGGAACCAAUAUUAAAAGGAGAAGAUGUGCAUUUCUAUGUUGCUGUUGCACUUUAAGUUGUUAUAAUUUUGUUAAAAAGAAGAUAUUAUGCCUUGUGCACUACUUUUAUAAAUUCUAAUUUAAUAAUUUUAGUUUUCAAUAAACAAACAAAAAUUAUAUUUACUUGUCUUUUUUUUUUUUUUUUUUUUUUUGCUUUUCGCUGAUCCGAAAAAUGAUCCGAUCCGUGACUCUUGAUCCGAGGAACGAUCCGAUCCGUGAGUUUUGUGAUCCGUUGCACCCCUACCAGAUAUCAUUAAAGCGAUGUUCUGUCAUGACAGAUCCCAGCUAUUUUUUUUAGUUUAACCAGUUUGCAUUAUUUUAUUGCAAUGUUUUUCCUUAUUCAGAUUUGUUUCAAGACUACAGUUAGUUAGACUUCACUUUGAUGUCUAGAUUGGUUUAUUUUAGUGCUGUAACGAUUAAUCGAUUAACUGGAGUAUUCGAUUAGAAAAAAAUAUUCAAAUUAAAUUUUGCUCCUUCGAGUAUUCGUUUAAUUAGAGAGGCGUUGUAAUGGUUUGUUUUUGAAAGUGUUUGCAUUUAUUUUCAUUAAUUUGGGUGGAUACUUUGCCCUCUAGUCUGCCUCAUUUUACAUGGCCAAAUCCAGCUGCUCUCUGUUAAGACCAACAUAAGCUAGGUUUUUGUUUGAGCUAAUGUAUUUUAAUGCAUUCGUAAUUUAGUUUGAAGGUAUAUUUAGCCAAUUUUUGUGGGAAUAUGUGUCGGAACUAUUUGUUGAGAGCAUUGUUAAAAAAAAAAAAAGUUAGUAUUUUAUAGCAUUUAAGCUAGUGGACUUUUGCUAUGUUAGUUAGCCAAUUGUCCUUUUGUUGUCCAUAUGUAGAUCCUUAUUUAUUUAUUUAUUUAUACCGUUUUAGGCCCAACUCAGGUAUUUUAAUUUUUUCAUCCGAUUACUCGAUUAUUCGAACUAACUAGUUCAUCGAUUACUCUACUAAAAUAAUCGAUAGCUGCAGCCCUAGUUUAUUUACAUUUCAAAAACCAGAAGCCAUUCAUUUACGAAUGUGACUGCACUUUAGUUUACAUAUUUGAAUGUUCAGAUAUUAAGAUUUGAGUGAGGCAAAAUAACAUGCUUUUUCUCUCAAAUAUAUUAUUAUAAUCAUUUGUUUCGGAUGUACUGUAAUUAUUUUCUGUGUAAAAAUUAAUUUAGUGUUCAAAAAGUCUUUUUUUCAAACUUGAGUCUUGAAAAAGAGGGGGUCGUCUUAUAAUCAGGGUCGUCUAUAUUCGGGCCAAUACGGUACUUACAGUGGCUGCUACUGGCCGAAAAAUAGUAUCCCUCCUCUUCAAAGGGGGCGGAGGAGGCGGCAUUCUUUCGAGAUGUUGUAUUUCUUUUGCGGCUGUUGAGUGCGCAUGUGUGUGUGUGCGGCGGGGGUUGAGGGGAAAAAAUGGACAGGCACAUUCAGCAAAUGGAAAGGGGUAAAAGUCAGUCUGAAUGUAAUGAAAAUAAUUCACUUAAUUGUGGUAGGCUCAAUUCUAUCCUUACAACAUAUGGGAAGACAAUCUAAAUUACCUAUAUAACAGGUCAUUAUAUAAUGCAAAUAAGGUUGCUUAAAAGCUGGUGGGGAUAAUUUGAGCACCCUGAAAAGUUGUUAGGUUUAUGUCCCUACCGUUCCUAUGCAAACCUACGCCCUUGCCCUGACGAUGGUCAAAACAAAAGGGAAAGAAAACAAUGGUUCGGGUUCGGACAUAAAUCAAUUAAUCAAGACACUGUAGUUGUUGAUGACGCUCAAUGACACUCUUUUGGAAUUAUUUUUAUAUAAAGGAAAUUAACUACAUUCAAGUCAUCAUUUCUUGCCUGAAUCAUACAAUACAUUAAUUCUCUUUAUGUUUUGUUUCUGUGCCAAAUAUGGUAGUUGUAGAAAAUUUGACAAAAAUGGGUCACUAUGAUGCAUUUCGCUGUGCCAGGUCACAUACAGUAUGUGUACCGUUGACAUUAUUGUGCUUUGUUAAAUCCUCCUAAAAUCUGAUAAUACUGGCGAGCAGAAAAGCUAAUCACAAAACAGGACCAAAUAUUAUUUCAAAUGUGUUUUAUUGAUGUAAGUUCAUCUGUCCUUCCGCGCCAAAAGAAAGACGUUUGAUUUGAUUGAUUUUUUAUUUUAUUUGUUGUUUUAGUUUGUUUUGGUGUUUGCACAUGUAUACAAGGUACAUAUACAACCCCUGGCAAAAAUUAUGGACUCACCAGCCCUGGUGAAUGUUCAAUCUGUCGUUUUAUUAUGUUGAAAUAAAGCAAAGCAUGGA